GGAUUGGAUAAUGGCGUUGCGGAGAUCCAUUUCUCAUGAUUCUGAGAACCCCUUGACGUUUAUCUGUGAUCUACGUCACAGCUUCGCAGCGGAAGUCAUGACUUCAGACGGUUUGACAACAGGGUUACGACGCUGGGAGGCGAAUUACACAGGUCUUAAACAUUGACAACUGCGCACCAAUUUACUGGAGAUUCUAUCCAACAUGUCGAGAGGGUGAUACAAAACCAAGGCCCUCAGCAGUCAUCCCUUCAGGUCAAAGAAUCAACGUCUUCAAAUCAAUAGUAGCCCUACCCCUGGGCUCUCAACAAGAAAAGCUUUGGAAGGGGAUUUUGUAUGUUCACUCCCAUCUGACAUCAGAAAACACAAGGAAGGAGGUGCCGCUCCUACGUUGCCCCCCGCCAUGGGCCUGAUGGGAGGCCUGUUUCACGGCCUGCUGAUGCUCUGGCUCCUAUCUCAGAGCCACAGCCUGGACAGUGACGGAAACGACGGCUCUUUCUACAGAUUCAAAAGGUACCAGGAGACGGUGCCUUCUAACCCCAGCGACUGCACGACCACGAGGAGCCGGCAGCCGGUGGGGGCGGUCAACCCCUAUAACUUCUCCGUCCACGUCCACAUGCCCGGGGUCACUCCCAAAGCCUCUGACUCCUACUUGUGCAUGGCAGUACCUGUCCCGACCAAAAGAGAUGUUUACAUUGUGGACUUUGUGCCGCAUGCUCGUAUGGACACAGCCCAUCACAUGCUCCUUUAUGGCUGCCAGACUCCUGUAUCAACAAGUGGCUAUUGGGACUGUGGGAGUGUAAAGGGGAUCUGUGAGGACGAGGCCUCCAUCAUGUACGCCUGGGCCCGGAACGCCCCGCCCACCAAGCUGCCCAAAGAUGUUGGCUUUAGAGUGGGAGGAAACUCUGGAAUUACCCAUUUUGUGCUGCAAAUACAUUAUGGAAAUAUUAAAGCUUUUGAAGACAACCAUAAAGACUGCUCGGGACUUACCUUGCAAAUGACUACUAAACGACAGCAAUUCAUCGCCGGCAUUUAUCUGAUGAUGAGUAUGGAUACCAUCAUCUCCCCAGGGAAUAAAGUAACAAACGCAGACAUCGCCUGUACCUACGACUCUUACCCCAUCUACCCCUUUGCCUUCCGGACGCAUACCCACCACUUAGGCAAAGAGGUGAUCGGCUACAGGAUCCGGAACGGGAGAUGGACUCUGAUUGGCCGGCAGUCACCUCAGUUACCCCAGGCAUUUUAUCCUGCCAGCAAAGACAUAGAGGUCAAGUUUGGAGAUACCAUCGCAUCCCGAUGUGUAUUCACAGGAGAAGGAAGGACCUCAAAAACAUACAUUGGCGGCACCGCCGAUGACGAGAUGUGCAACUACUACAUCAUGUACUACAUGGAGAGCAGGCAUGCCACCCCGUUCAUGAGCUGCAUGGAGCCAGGCAGCGCGGAGCUGUUCAGACACAUGCCAGUGCUGCCAGCCCUCCCGGUGCCCGUCGAGUCACAUGACAUGAUGUCCCGGGUCAUGUCAGGACACAAAACAGAUAUUCCAAAUGAGAAUGAGUCACCGCAGACAACGGGAACACCGGAUUAUGGUUAUUUCCUGGAGGAGGUGACGGCCUGGCCUGAGGUGAAGCUGCAGCUGGGGCAGGUGUCAGGCCUGGCCCUGGACUCGUACGGUAAUCUGGUCAUCUUCCACCGAGGGGAUCAUCACUGGGGAGUGAACUCCUUUGACAACAUAGCGAGGUACCAGCAUAGGUCCAAAGGGCCCAUCCAGCAGUCCACCAUCUUGGUUGUGGACCAGGUCAAAGGAGAGAUCCUCAAGGCCUCUGGCAGAAACACCUUCUACCUGCCUCACGGAAUAACCACGGACAAGGAGAACAACUACUGGGUGACUGAUGUUGCUCUUCAUCAGGUCUUCAAACUGAGCAGUCAGCAGAGGGAUGUACCGCUGGUGGAGCUGGGGGAGGCCUUCACCCCGGGCAGCGACCGGCGGCACUUCUGCCAGCCCACCGACGUGGCCGUGGACCCCGUCACCGGGAACAUCUACGUUUCCGACGGAUACUGCAACUCCAGGAUCAUGAAGUUCUCCGCUGAGGGCCAAUACCUGUCCGAGUGGGGAGCAGGGUCAUCGGAUCGCAGGAAACGGAAGCCGUUCCGCAUCCCGCACAGCCUGGCGUACCUCCCGGACCGCCAGGAGCUGUGUGUGGCCGACCGGGAGAACGGACGCAUCCAGUGCUUCGUGGCCGACUCUGGGGAGUUCCUCAAGGAGAUCAAGAAGGAGGAGUUUGGGGGGGAAGUGUACGCCAUCGCCUACAGUCCACACAGCGGGGGUCUCAUCUACGCAGUCAACGGGGAAUCUGCAGAUGGAUACUCUUCCCCGAUCAGAGGCUUUGUCAUCGAUUAUUCCAGCAAGGACAUUGUGAAUGUCUUCAGGCCAGUGGAUCAGGAGUUCAAGAUGCCCCAUGACAUCGUGGUUACCCCCGACGACAGCGUCUUUGUAGGGGAUGCCGCCUCUGGCUCUGUCUUCAAGUUCACUUCUGGAAACUCCCAUCGCUCCGUCAAGAAGAGUGGGUUUGAAGUGGAAGAGCUUGAAGAAAUAAAGACCAUCAUCCAGACCAACCUGAGACCAGCCUCGCACAAGGCCCAGACUGUCUCAGAGAUCCAGCCCGCUCCUCCUCCGAUAUACCAACGACAGCAGAAGCAACCACCAGGGGAGGAGGAGAAGGGGAGGCCAGAGAAAAUCAAGCCCGACCCGAGCACUCGUCAGGGGGUCUCUCCGGCCCUCAUGACCACCCUCCUGCUCGUUCCCCUGGUGCUGGUCGUUUCCAUAGCGGUGUUUAUCCGCUGGAGGAAGAGCAGGGUGUAUGGUGACACAUUCGACAUGAUACAGGACGUGAAGCCGGGGGGGGGAAUCUUGGGGAAACUGAAGGGUAAAGCUGUGGGUGGCUUGAACCUGGGAAACUUCCUUGCGACUCACAAAGGCUACACCCGGCAAGGCUUCGACCGUCUGAACACGGAGGGCAGCGACCACGAAAAAGAGGAAGAUUACACAACGGAUUCAGAGAACGAAGAGUAUUCUGCCCCCCCAGCCCCCAGCUCAUCCUCGUAGGCCAACAAACUAUAACCAGGACCAACUAGCUCUGGUCACAUGUCGGGAUGUAAUUCAUUUAUGUGCAAAAUGUUUUGUUUUUUGGCUGCCAAAUGUAUUUAUUUUUAUGAGAAUUCUGAUUAAUAUAACUGAAGUCACAUUAACUGAUUUUUUUUUCGUUUCUUUUCCUGUAGAUUAUUUUCAUAAAGACCAAGAAUACUUUUUAUUGUUUUAGAUUGAAUCAAACAUUUCAAUAGUUUAAAAGCUAUAUAUUUGUGCCUUUUUAGUUACUUUGCCAACCUUCAAAAACGUGCCACUUGGGAAAAGUUAUUGCUACGGAGAUCUGAAUCUUCAUAUAUAUGGUCUAUUUCUUACGUAAGUUGUCUUCACAAAAUCACAAAAUAUAUAUAAAUAUAUAUAUAUAUAAUCAUUUGAUAAAUAUCAGAUGUUGACUGUCUAUUUAUUGUGUCACAGUGAGGUUAUGCUGCAAGAAAACUAUUUUCAGUAAUUUUUGUGUAAUAAUAAAGUGUCCGCAAAGCAUCA